CCCAUUAAUUUCGCCCCAAUUAUUGUAUGUACGGCAAAGCAUCAGCACUCCUCAGUUUGUCUCACUGUCCUCGAACAUCUUCGCUCAUUAUUGCCACCCACCAGCUUUUAUUCCCCCAAUUUAUCCUCUCAGAUCGUUCUCCAUGUUUUGACUAACCCUAGAUCUGUCCCCGCUAGCGCACGACCACAUUGACUGCGUGGGGUUGCCUUUUUCAUUUCCCUAAUUUUUAAAUUUUGCCCGCCUCUUUGAUUAUUCUGAUUCUGAUUCUGAUUGCAUUGUUCAUGUGUUUGCAUUUCUGUGGCAUAAAAAAGCAAUUUUUGUAGAAAUUGAUAAAUAUUGAACCCUAAUUCAAUCUCUUCAGUCUGUAUUGCCCUAAUUCAAUCAAUCUCUUUAUGCAGAUUCCUUAGUGCUGCAGUAUUUGAUCUGUUGAAAUAGGGGAAAUUAGUGUAGUUUGGAGGAGGUAGGAUGAGCGAGAAAGCGCCAACCUCGGUGAUGGGAAUGGGGGCGGAGCUCGGGUAUAGGGCACCGCUGUUCACAGACGUGCAGUGGAAGGAGCUGGAGCAGCAAGCCAUGAUAUACAAGUAUAUGGUGGCUGGCCUACCGGUGCCACCAGACCUCGUUACGCCUAUUCGCCACAGCUUCGAGGGGCUUUACGCCCAUCUUUUCAACCAUCCUGCGUUGGGAUAUUGUUCCUACUAUGGCAAGAAGUUUGAUCCUGAGCCAGGGAGAUGCCGGAGAACUGAUGGAAAGAAGUGGAGGUGCUCGAAAGAUGCACAUCCGGACUCAAAGUAUUGCGAGCGGCACAUGCAUCGUGGUCGCAACCGUUCAAGAAAGCCUGUGGAAUCUCAAUCUACGUCGCAGUCCUUGUUGACUGCAGUACCCCACUCCUCUAUUGGGGGCAGUAUAAACCGUGGAAACUCUCAACAGAUGCCGCUGUACUCUGGUGCUAAUUCUGAAGGAUCAUCUGUUGGGAGCAAUGCAACAAAGCUGCAGAUGGGACCGUAUGGACGGGAAUUCAGUUUCUCACGAGAAGCUUCUGGAAAGGCAGGCAGCGGCACUGGCACAUGGGGUCUCAUGCCUGGUCAAGUUUCUUCCAGCUCAUUGUUCAAACAAGGCUCUGAUUCCCGAAUGCUUGGCUGCUCUUCAGCUCAGCAAUACACGCCUCAUGCCUAUGAGCCUGUCUCGUCAAAACAGCAACACGGCCUAUUCGGGAGUGAUAUCAGUUCACCUACAACACUGAAGCAGGAACAUCUUUUCUUCAGCGAGUGGCCUUCAACCAAGGAAUCAUGGUCCAAUCUCGAUAACAAUGGAACCAACGAAAACACCUUCUCCUCGACCCAGCUGUCCAUGUCCACUCCUUCUGAUUUUACUUCAGGAACUGCUUACUCUCCAAAUGAUGCUUGAAGUUGGAUGACGAAUGUGAGCUACUUGCUUUGCUUGCUUGUGUUGUAUCACCCCAACACAUUGGAUUGUGUCACUAUCGGUAUUCAACAUUCCUUUAAUCGACUGCCUGUAUUAUUCGAAUAAAUGUACUUUGAUGAGUAGUGUUUUACUCUGAAUUAUUCAAAGCUGUGUAUGAUUGUGUGAGAUUAACAUACAUUUGAGGAUUAAUAGUAUGUUUUGUCAUUACUAUUCUGGAAUAUUGCUUUUGUCAA